AACAAAUGAAUUUGGAUCUUGUUCAAGCUUUAAUAGCCAUUGAUAUACCUCUUGAAAAAUUGGAUAAUGAUAAAUUAAAAGUAUUUUUUAAAAAAUAUUGCAAAUUUGAAAAUUCUUUACCAAUGUUAUAUGACUUGGAGUUAGAUAAGUUACAUGAAGCAUUAUUAAACCAGCAAAUUUGUAUUACUGUAAAUGAAUCAACAAAUGCUUGUGGUAGAGUAGUUGUUAAUAUUCUUUUUAGUUUUGAAAAUAAAACAAAACUAGUCACUACAAAACAUCUUAAAAAGGUUGAUUUUACAACAAUUUCACAACUUGUUAUGUCAAUCAUUUAA